ACACCCUGUGUCAGCAUGUGGAGAAAUUGAAUCUUAAAUAAAAAUAGGCUCACAACUGCUGGAAAAAAACGGUCAACAAUGGGGAUUUUGGGAUGCUUUCCCCCCAUUUGGCAUUUUCUGGAAAAUCAUGGGACUGGGACACUUGGGGGAAGGAGCAGCUCCUGCUCCUCAAAACCCCCCUUGUCCCCUCGGAUCCAGGCAGUUCGAGAAGCCUCGAGUUGCCAGGGAGCUGCUGGAUUAUCCUGCUGCAGGUCCCUCUGCCUUAGAAUUAACGAGAUUGUUUGGAUUCAGGGAUUAAUUAGAUUAAUUAAUGCGGCCUUUCUCCCCCAGGCUGGCGGCAAGGCGGGCAAGGACAGCGGCAAGGCCAAGGCCAAGGCCGUGUCACGCUCCCAGAGAGCAGGCCUGCAGUUCCCUGUCGGCCGCAUCCACAGGCACCUGAAGACUCGGACCACCAGCCACGGGCGCGUGGGGGCCACGGCGGCCGUGUACAGCGCGGCCAUCCUGGAGUACCUGACCGCCGAGGUAGGACCCCCCUCCCCGGGGCCAGCACCCCUCCCCCCGGCAUUCCCACCUCUUCCUGCUGUCCCACAGGUGCUGGAGCUGGCCGGGAACGCUUCCAAGGACCUCAAGGUGAAGCGGAUCACGCCCCGGCACCUGCAGCUGGCGAUCCGCGGUGACGAGGAGUUGGACUCCCUGAUCAAAGCCACCAUCGCCGGUGGAGGUGUCAUCCCCCACAUCCACAAGUCCCUGAUUGGAAAGAAGGGGCAGCAGAAGACGGCGUAAGGGAGCACGGUGCCGGAUCCCCCGUCAUCGUACCGACCUGGGCACAGCAACACCUUGGGGAUGCCAGGAAACUUUUUUUAAGGAAUAGUUGAAAGGAAGAACAUAGAGGAUUGACUGUAGAGGAAACAUUGGGAUGGGUUUAGAUUCCGAGUGGGACACACCGUGGGCCCGUGGGGCGGCAGCCGGGGGGGUUUGAGGGGCUGGGCUGCCCUGCGUUUUAUACAAAAAUGGAACCCAUAAACCAUUUUUUACAAAAAAA